UCUGUUUGAUUGAGUACCUUUUCAUUCUUGGGCAUUCAGCAACAGACUUCACAACACACACACACACACAUUCACUCUGUGUAUAGUGAGAGACUGGAAGGAUUUCUGCAGUUUGUGACUGCAGCUGUCUCGGACAUGCCGAGCCGUGGGCAAUGAGGUGGGAGAUGGGCUUGAAAGCUUGUGUUGUCUCCUCAUUCAGACUGCGAGGACGAGGGGUUUAUACAAGGUUACGGAUCCAGAGACUCCAUCCUUAGCAACUCCCACAGGCGAAGCUGGAAAAGCCGGAAGAAGGAGAAGGAAACAGAUUGUCCUGUCCCGAAGAAGACGAACAGCAGUUCUGAAGAUCAAAGGAAACGGGAGUGCAGGACUAAAAUCAUGCAGUGCUCCACCCUCUUCAUUGUCCUCACUGGUGUUCUCCUGUACCUGGUGAUGGGUGCGCUGGUGUUCAAUGCCCUCGAGGCACCGUAUGAAGAAAGCUACCAUGUGCUGCUGCAAAUCGCCCGUCAGGAGUUUCUGGGCAACAACACCUGCGUAAGCCCUGAGCAUUUAGCGGGGCUGUUAGAUACGGUGGCAGCGGCUAUCAGUGUUGGCAUUGACCCCAGCAGCAACGGCACAUUCAGCACCAGCUGGGACCUGGGCAGCGCGUUCUUCUUCUGUGGCACGAUUGUCACCACCAUUGGUUAUGGAAACAUCUCUCCAAAGACAUCGUGGGGUCAGUUUUUCUGUAUCUGGUACACGCUGGUGGGAAUUCCCCUGUUUGGCUUUCUGUUGGCUGCUGCUGGAGAUCAUCUGGGGACUUCACUGAGGAAUGCCAUUGCUAAAAUUGAAGCUCUUUUAUGGAAGUGGAAGGUGAGCCCAACCAUCGUCCGUGUCAUAACCGCUCUGCUCUCCAUCCUGCUGGGCUGCGUUCUCUUCAUAUUUGUGCCAACUUUAGUCUUUCAAAAAGUGGAAAACUGGAGCCUUCUAGAAUCCGCUUACUUUGUGGUGAUCACGCUUACAACCGUGGGCUUCGGAGACUACGUUGCAGCUGGUGAGCCGGGUACGGAUCAUUGGUACAAGCCUUUGGUGUGGUUCUGGAUUCUGUUUGGUUUGGCCUAUUUUGUGUCAAUUCUUUCCAUGAUUGGAAACUGGAUUUUGGUUCUUACCAAAAAAACCAGAGCAGAGAUGGAGGAGUUGAGAGCCCAUGCCUCAGACUGGACUCAGAACAUUCAGAAUAUGUCCGUGGAUUUCCGCAUGGCGGGUAAAUUCGAUGAUCCGUUCAAGCGCACCAGGCGAAAGCACCGUCACAGGCACCACAAACACAGCGGCAGUCAGGGUGGGUCGGGCGAAGCCGGAAAGGAUGGUAGAGAAGAUAACGAAUCGGGAUCCAGUUCGUACUCUUCUUCUUCGGAUGGCUCCUACAGCAGCUCCGAAUCAGAUUCAGAGGUGGUGACAAAAACAGAACGGGUCCCAGAAGGAGAAACCACCAAAGAUGUAGAAAAAGAGGAGAAGCUCCCUAAAGAUGCAACGUUCUCUCAGCCUCUGGAUUACUUCGGGGAAAAUCUUGCUUUCAUUGAUGAGUCAUCAGACGCAGUUAGCGGGAAGGUUCACCCUGACCCGCUUCUGGAUAAACCUGAUUCCAACCCAACUUCAAAUGAUAAGCCCAAACGGAGACGACAAAGGAGACACUUGAGAAGAGAUCUGCAGAAAUCAAAGUCCACUAAAACCAGUCCGAAUGAACAGGAGAAUAUGAGGCCAAAUGGAGAUGUUCAGAAUAAAGACCCCUCUCCGCUCCAGCCAAAGCUAUAGUCGUUAAAACUGAGACUUUAUUGGCGCUCGAUUUUCUCAGAUUUUACUGGGAUGAAAUAUUGAAUCUGUCCAUGUGCCUAAAAAAAGAGGGUGGGGAGUAUCAGGUCCUCAUCUUGGACACCUCAGCAUGAGCGAGAAUUUUCAUUGGGCUAUCCGAUACCUAUCUGAUCACCAUUAGUCAUAACUCUAUACGCGGAAACUCCAUGAUCAGACCCUUAGUGCCAUCUACUGGAUAGUCAGAAAUGCUUUCUACACAACUGAUUAUUGACUGUACUAAAUAUGCUGUGUAUGGAUACCAUGGCUGUUUUAUUCUGUGUGCCUUUUGCUCUUUUUCUCAAUUCAUAAUAAUAAAGGAAUGACACUUUAUAUUAGGAAGAUGCAGGUUAAAUGUUAUGAACCAAAUAUGAAACUUUGCUUACUGUUUAAAACUAAUUAAUUUUUAUUACAGUUAAUUGAUGCAUCUCUAACAGCUGUUUUACAUACAAUAUGAAUUGUUGGACAUGUGAGCGGGAUGUCUGUGUGUUUAGAGUUUACCCAAAAAUGGAAAUUCUGUCACUAUUUGGCAUGACUUUCUGUUAAACACAGAUGAAGACAAAAUAGACACAUAAUAAUACAUUUGGUCUCUAUUCUUAAAUUUACGCAUAUGGCAGAUCAUUUUAUCAAAAGCGACUUCAGUAUCACUAUGUGUGUUCCCUGAGAUAAAAAACCCACAACCUUUUGCUUUGCAUGAAAAACAAUGAGUGACGAUGUCUUUAAAAAAAGCAUUGUGAGUAAACAACAACAACAUUUUCA